UUAGGUCUUAUUUAUGAAACCGAUAAUCCCGAUAUGGCGAAAAUCUUUCAACUGGCCAUUAGCAAAGCCAAUGAAGAAAACGAAGAUAUCCGCCUACAUGCUGUGACCAUUGAAAUAGAUGCGGGCGAUGCUUUUGGGACAUCGAAAAAACUUUGCAAAAUCUUACGGCAAAAUCUAGUGGCGGUUUUUGGUCCAACAACAGAUAUGGCUGCCAAGCAUGCCAUGAGUAUUUGUGAUGCCAAAGAGUUGCCAUUUGUGGAUUCACGUUGGGAUUUCGGUGCUCAAUUGUCGACAAUUAAUUUACAUCCACAUCCAUCACAGCUGGCCAAGGCCUUGAAAGAUGUGGUUACAACCUUUGGCUGGGAAACAUUUACCAUUAUCUAUGAAUCAGGAGAAUAUCUGAUGUUUGUUAAGGAGCUACUUGAACUAUAUGGCACCAGUGGCCCCACAAUUGUUGUACGCCGCUAUGAACUUGACCUCAAUGGUAAUUAUCGUAAUGUUUUGCGGCGCAUAAAAAACUCUGGUGAAAGUUCAUUUGUGGUGGUGGGCUCUUUGAAUACCUUGCCUGAAUUAUUAAAACAGGCCCAACAAGUUGGUAUUAUGACUGGAGCGUAUCGUUACAUAAUUGGUAAUCUGGAUUUUCAAACAAUCGAUUUGGAACCAUAUCAGCAUGGUGAUACAAAUAUUACAGCAUUUCGGGUGAUCUCACCCGAAUCGGAAAAUGUUGCAGAGGUAGCCAAAAUGUUAUAUGAAUCUGAAGAGCCGUUUCAAAAUGUGUCAUGUCCUUUGACUGUUAACAUGGCUUUGGUUUAUGACGGUGUCCAGUUGCUGGCCGAGACAUUCAAGCAUGUUCAGUUUCGUCCCGAAGCUUUAAAUUGUAACGAUGACAGUUCAUGGGAUAAAGGAUAUACGUUAGUCAAUUAUAUGAAAUCGUUAACCAUUGAAGGUCUCAGUGGAGAAAUAAAAUUCGAUUAUGAAGGUCUGAGAAGUGAUUUCACAUUGGAGCUGAUAGAACUAAGUGUAUCGGGUGUACAGAAGAUUGGCUCAUGGCGGCCUGACGAAGGUGUAACCAUUGAUCGCCCACCACCCACUGUUAGCGGUGAACCGGAUAUGCGUUCCUUGGUUAAUAAAAGUUUUGUUGUUAUUACGGCCAUUAGUGAACCUUAUGGCAUGCUGAAGGAUGUACCCCACAAACUGGAAGGUAAUGAUCAAUUUGAAGGUUUUGGCAUUGAACUCAUAGAAGAAUUGGGCAAGAAAUUGGGAUUCUCCUACACUUUUCGUCUGCAAGAGGACAACAAAUAUGGCAGUUUGGAUGCUAAGACUGGCAAAUGGAAUGGCAUGAUUUUAGAAAUAAUGGAGGGGGUCGAACAACAUAACCUCAAUGUCACCAACGACGCCUUGCCACAAAUAUGUGAUCUCUGCCACGAGAGUAUCAACGAUAGAGUC